GUCAAAUUGACAGUCUAUAUGACACAACAAAUAACAAAUGAUUUUAUAACCUAAAAAUAGGUAUUUGAUUUAUAAUUUGAAAGCGGUAUUUUUCGAGAUAACAAAUCAAAAUAAUAUAACUUUAUAGGAAAGUCGUUAAACUAUUUAAUACAGUUUACGCUUAACUUAUUAUAUUAAGACCCUUGUAGAGAAUUAAUUGCGUACGUAGUUUAGAAAAUAAAUCGCAGCGAAAAUGUUGAGUAAUAGCGUAAAGAGGCUUUUCGUGGGACACAUUAAAUGCAGCAUCAGAACUACAAGUGUUCGUUUACUAAGUGCUGCGAAAGACGUGUCCAGUCUGACAAAACAGACAGAGAACAUUAAGGGAGACUAUGAUGUUAUCAUUGCCGGCGGCGGAAUGGUUGGGUGCACCCUCGCCUGCGCCAUGGCCAAAGAUUCUAUUUUAUCCAACUUAAAAGUAUUGCUUCUGGAGGGCAGUCCAAAUAAAGAGUUUGUAUGGAAGCCAGAGUACAGCAACAGAGUGGUGGCCCUCAACCAGAACACCAAGUCCCUGAUGACAUCACUAGAUGUUUGGCAACAUAUUGAAAAGAUGAGGUUGCAGCCUGUCCGAUACAUGCAAGUGUGGGAUGCCUCAUCAGAUGCCAUGAUAUCAUUCAGCAGCUCGGAGCUGCUCGAUGAUGAUGUUGCGUACAUAGUAGAAAAUGAUGUCUUGCUGCAUGCUGUCAACAAAGAGUUGUUGUCAUCUAAAAACAAUGUCAACAUAGUCUAUGAUGCCAAGAUUGCCGGCUAUCAACUACCCAAUGAAGAUGAUGCUAUCAAAAGUUAUGUUCAAAUGGCUAAUGGAGACACAUACACUUGUCAGCUCUUGAUCGGUGCAGAUGGCGCGAAUUCAGCUGUGCGUAAAGCUAUGGGAGUGCAAUAUCUAUCGUGGAACUAUGACCAGAUGGGCGUUGUGGCGACGCUGAAUUUAGCUGAGGAAUGUACAAAUAAUACAGCUUGGCAGCGCUGGAUUCCAUCAGGCCCCAUCGCGAUCCUCCCAUUAGACUCGAAGCGAAGCUCCCUCGUUUGGAGCACUUGGCAGGACCACGCUAAACAACUGUUGAAACUACCAGAAGAUCAGUUCGUUGAUGCGCUCAAUGAUGCACUGUGGAAACAAUACCCACGCAGUAGUAGCGUGGAGACAGUGACUUCAUGGACGAGCUCCUGGCUCCGUCGAGUGGGUCUACCGGACGGGACAUCGCGACAGCUUCCUCCCUCCAUUUGCAGCAUAGCUGCUAACUCCCGCGCCGCCUUCCCCCUGGCUUUUGGACAUAGCACCAGAUAUAUUGCACCGGGCGUCGCACUUGUUGGAGACGCAGCUCAUCGAGUACAUCCACUGGCUGGUCAGGGAGUCAAUCUAGGCUUCGGCGACGUCUCAGAUCUCACUAAGUUAUUGUCAGAUGCCAUGUACAGCGGUUUAGACAUAACUCACUCCGACUGGAUGUCGAAAUACGAGAGCACCCGACAGCGACACAAUGUACCAACACAGGUUAUGAUCGAGAUGUUACAUCGACUGUACACCGUCGACCUCAUGCCCGUUGUAUUGGCUCGAAGUGUCGGCUUACAGCUCACCAAUGCCCUCCAACCUCUAAAGAAAAUGAUUCUGUCUCAUGCAGCAACAUAAAGCUAUUUGAGUUUGAGUCACAUGGCGGAAUGGAGAUUGCUUCAUGGUUCAAUGUUUUAUAGGGAAAGGUCACAAGCAAAGGCGAAGGCAUUGGAACUAUUUGUUGUAUUAUGUAGUUUAAUAUAUUUAUGUUGAUUUUUAUACA